AUGAGCUGCUGGCAACAGCACCUGACGUGCUGCAUAGGGUGUUCCUUCCUCUUGGCCUGCACCGAAAACGUGCUCGGAUGCUACGGCGUUUCAGCACUGAGUUCCUGGAGGCAAUGUGCUUUCUGUUGCUGGUGGUUCUUGUGCGUGUUUUUACUUUCUUUCGCAAUGAGAGCAACGCCUCGCCUGCAUGCUCUGCCUAAUGACCUUGGCUUCAUGUAA